ACUCCCCCAGUUCAGAACGCAUCGAUAAUUGAGAGUUGGCGAGAAAAACGGUGUUUAUGAGCCAAGUUAGUGUUGUAUGCGUCGAUUAAAUUUGGAUACGUGGUUUUUUCUGUCGGUAAAAUGGGAAACUGCCACACCGUUGGACCAAACGAGGCCCUGGUGGUUUCAGGUGGCUGCUGUGGCUCCGAUCAGAAGACAUAUGUUGUGGGAGGCUGGUCCUGGGCCUGGUGGCUCAUCUCUGACAUCCAGAGGAUAACGCUUGAGAUUAUGACCCUGCAGCCCAAGUGUGAGGAUGUAGAGACAGCGGAGGGUGUAGCUAUUACUGUCACUGGGGUGGCUCAGGUGAAGGUGAUGACAGAAAAUGAACUGCUGGGUUACGCCUGCGAACAGUUCCUGGGGAAGUCAGUCGUGGAGAUCAAGAGUGUCAUCCUACAGACCCUCGAAGGUCACCUGCGCGCCAUCCUUGGCACCCUAACUGUUGAGCAGAUUUACCAAGACAGAGACAAAUUUGCCACUCUGGUGCGAGAGGUGGCAGCACCUGAUGUCGGCCGCAUGGGCAUCGAGAUCCUCAGCUUCACCAUCAAGGAUGUAUAUGAUAAAGUGGAGUACCUGAGCUCACUGGGCAAAACUCAGACAGCUGCAGUACAGAGGGAUGCAGACAUCGGAGUGGCAGAGGCAGAGAGAGACGCUGGCAUCAGGGAAGCUGAGUGUAAGAAAGAAAUGAUGGAUGUGAAGUUCCUAGCUGACACAAAAAUGGCCGACUCCAAACGAGAGCUGGAGAUGCAGAAGGCUUCCUUUAAUCAAGAAGUGAACACUAAGAAAGCAGAGGCUCAGCUGGCGUAUGAGCUGCAGGCGGCCAAAGAGCAGCAGAAGAUCCGUCUGGAGGAGAUUGAAGUGGAGGUGGUGCAGAGGAAGAAGCAGAUCACUAUUGAGGAGAAGGAGAUCGACCGCACUGACAAGGAGCUCAUCGCUACGGUGAAGAGACCUGCCGAGGCUGAAGCCUACAAGAUGCAGCAGCUGGCUGAGGGACAGAAGACAAAGACGGUGCUGACGGCGCAGGCAGAGGCAGAUAAGAUCCGCCUUAUCGGUGAGGCAGAGGCCUCCUCCAUUGAAGCGGUGGGAAAGGCAGAGGCUGAGAAGAUGAGGCUGAAAGCUGAAGCCUACCAGCAGUAUGGCGAGGCUGCCAAGACAGCUUUGGUCCUGGAGGCUCUACCCAAGAUUGCCAGUAAAGUGGCUGCGCCCCUGUCCAAGACCAAUGAGAUUAUCAUCCUGAGUGGAGAAGGCAGCCGCGUGACUGGAGAAGUGAACCGUCUAUUGGCUGAACUCCCUGUGUCUGUCAACGCCCUCACUGGGGUGGAUCUGACUAAGAUACCUCUGCUCCAGAAGAUGAUCAGCCCACAGUGCCAAACAGCCAUGUGAUGAAUCAGGCCAACGACCCGUUACUCUGAAUCCUUCGACAUAUAUCUGCCUCAAGCAUAAAAGUAGUAUUUUCAGCCUCUGACCCCUUUAUGCAACUGCCUUUGACCAGAAACAUUUGACACCAAUCAAGAUGGUUUUUUAUAUUUUUAAGAGGUUUUUAAUUUUCUAAAGGAAAAUAAGAUGGGGCCUUACUUCUUAAGGACCAGACUGUAUGUAUCUUCUGUUGUUUUUAAUUUUCGACACAUUUAUUCCUAUGACACUGCACUAGUUAGCCAGGAUUAUAUGCUGCAAUCCUGUUCCGUCAUGUACAAGUCAUCUAAAGCAGAGUUGGAACACUUUGAAUGUGGUUGUGUUAAACAUUAUUUAUAGAUAGAAAAACACCACGGUCUUCAGGAGUAGAUACUGGUAGGAGUCUAAAACAUAUAAGGACAAAUAUGAAUAUUGUUCUCUCCACCAGAGCUGUUUUAGAGCUGCCCAAAGGUUGGAGGGCACUACUUCCAUGUCAGGUGUUUUGAUAUUUAUUCACCGUGGGAGCACAGCAAAGUGUCCCAGCUCCUGCCUCUUCAUUGAACAGUCAUUCGUCUAAUGCUCAGAUAGUGAGCACAGUGUCAACUAGGCAGCUUUUAUUUCCUGUUUACUUUUAAAACGUAUUUUUUAUAUAGAUUAAUUAGACUUACCUCUGACUCAGAGAGAACUUGAUGGAUAACCAAACCACGCUUACACGUAAGGCUCACCAGAUCCUCACCCACUGUGAUUGUGAACUUUACAGUAGAUAUGAUAUCAGUGAUAUUUGAAUCACUUGUGCGAUACUUCUUACCUCCCGGGAAUUGUCAUGUUGCCUGUCUUCUUGUUCUAAUGUGCAGUGCCUGUUCACCACACAAACCUUAGGACAGUGGUUUGGCUUUAGUUGGAUUUACAGGAUGUCAGAGUGUAUUAUUGUGUUUAUAGAUGGACAAUUUUGUUCCCUGUCCUCAUAACAUCCGCUUAUACUCACAGUAGUGUUUACUCUUCACUUUUGUCACAUGUUUGAAUAGAAAGGCGGAUAUAAACAUGAAGCAAACACAUAAUACAAAGCCAUAUUUAGAAAAGCUUAGCCUUAACAGACCCCCUGGACGCAUGUCAGGCUCACUGAACAUUUCUUUCUUACUCAUGUAGCCCAUGGUAGAGUUAGGAGGAGGAAAGCGGGACAGAAGUAACAAAAUGAAUGCUCAGAAACCUGAGACAAACUCCUCCUUCUACUCAGACGUGUUUCUCAGACGUUGUUUCAAAUGUGUACGUAUUUUUGUAACUUUAAAAGAGUACACCUGGUUGAACCUGGGUUGAAAGUUGCCACUGUUUUGCAUAUCUGACCCAAUCUGUGGUGACAAAGCAGGAAUUAAUUGUCACAUUCAGUCGCUCCGUAAACUCAUGAAGUUGGGGGAAAAUAAGCAUGUGAACAGGUCGUGAACCCUGAACAUGGUGUUUGUGCUCGGGUGGUCUUCAGUUUGUUUAAAUAUAAUAUCGAGCAGUUGGACCGCCGACUUUUCCUGCUGCAACAUGUACAUUUUCUUGUUGCUCACUGAUGAGGUCGAUCUAAUUACUACAUGUAGUCUGUUACAAUCAUUUAAACAUUAAAGCCAAUGUCCAAAGUGAUGGUUCUGUGUUGCAUACACAGUGUGCCCAAAUUGUAUGUUUCAAACUCUAGAUGGCAGAAUUUGAACCCAAACUGAGUUACACUCUAAGAUAAAUGAGCCUUUUGUUGCUGCCUCUUAUACAUUUAAACCUCUGUGUUGUAUUGCCACAUUAGUUUGGGCUGCCCUUUUUCUUUUUUUAUGUGUUUUGCUUCUGGUAAAUCACACCGUGAAUGAUCAUUAACCACUUUUUAGAAUCUGUGACCUUAAAUGUUUUGUUUGUAUUUUGUCGCUGACCAUUAAGAAGCUGUCAUAGUCGUACCAUUUUCUUUAUUUUUCUGUGAAUAAACAUGUGGCUUGUUUGGUCUGAGCACAUUUCAUUUUGUUUCUGUGUUUGGCAAGUUCUAAUGUGUUUCUGUGACUAUUUUACCGGUUUAUAAAUGUUGUGUAAUAUGUGAUUAACAGCAUUAGUCAUUCAAAACUGACAAAGAUCACCUGAACGUGUAGCCACUGUCCCAUUUUCAAACCCGCGAGAAGUCACUGCAGCCCAGCGGAGCCCUCCAACAGUUUAGGUCUGGAGAUUCAGACAUCAUUUUUAAGUCAGCUUCACGAUAGAUGAUUGACGUUUGUAUUCAUUUAGAUUCAUUCAUCUACAUGGAACCUUUAUUCACCUGAUUGAAAGGCUGCACCGGUCCGGUCAUUUGGAUAGAGUGGCUGGUUUGGAAAUGCAAAAUUAACUCUAAAUGAAAGUUGUAAUAACUCACAGUAGGACUAUACUUUUGUAAUGAUCCUGUUAUUUAGAAAAGUAGAUUUUGUUUCUGUACACAGUGCCUUGUGUUAAAUAAUGAAGAGGAUGCAGUUUUUUGACUAUCAAUUAUCAUGACCUUACUGUCAGACAAAGUAAAACUUAAACUUAGUAGAAUGUGUUUCUUUCCACUUUUUGUUUGAUGUACUUUAUGGCAUUCUGUACAAGGGAAUUAUUUUUAUAUAUAUAUAUAUAUAUAUAUAUAUAUAUACACACACAUUUUGACCAUUGUAUUGUGUACCAAACAAUACAAUGUCUUGAUAUAUAUCGUCUAAUCAGAAGAGUAGCAACUUUACCACUCCCAAGUGGCAUUUUAGAAGAGAAUGUGGUAAAAGACCAAAUACUAUAGACCUACGCCUUAACUCUUGUCUUCAUCUGAAACAUGUCCGUCUGUUGUCUAUCAUUGAAAAUAAACUGUAAUCUCUAUUUAAAUUAUAUUGUUGUUUUAUCUUCUCAUGUAACACUGGCCUUCAGUAAAACGGAUCCAGCAUGGCAUUUUAAGCAUGUGUUCAUGUUAUUCUGUGUUGUGUGCCGUCUUAUAAUAAAUGUUUCACCACUUCC